AUGGUAAAUAAAAAUUGGGCCAAAGUUACCCCAGCUUUAUCAAAGCCAAUUUUAAAAUGCAUUAGUAAGCAAGGUUUUGAAACUAUGACUCCUAUCCAAGCGGCAGUCAUUCCUCUUAUUUUGUCUUGUAAGGAUGUUGUUGCUGAGGCGGUUACAGGUUCUGGCAAGACUCUUGCAUUCGUUGUGCCAAUGCUAGAAAUGCUAAUAAAAAAGGAGAAAGAAGCUCCAUUGCGGAAGGACUUCAUUUACUCUGUUAUUAUUUCACCUACAAGGGAACUUGCUACUCAAAUUUAUAAGGUAAUAGAACUAUUUUUACAAGAGCCGGAAUUAUCACACAUUACUAUGGCACUGUUAGUAGGUGGACGAGCGAUUGAAGUGGAUGUAGAAAAUAUGAACAAAGGGGCCCAUCUAGUUGUGUGUACUCCUGGCCGCUUGGAGGAUUUAUUAUCAGAAAGGAAACAACUCAAUUUAGCUGGCAGAUUAAAAGAGCUGGAAUUUUUAGUUCUGGAUGAAGCUGACCGUCUGCUAGAUCUUGGUUUUAGUGCUACACUUACCACAAUACUUCAGUACUUGCCUAGACAGAGGCGUACUGGGCUGUUCUCUGCAACACAAACGAAAGAAUUACAGGACCUUGUUAGGGCUGGUUUGAGAAACCCUGUCCUUAUUAGUGUAAAAGAAAAAUCUACAAUAAGUACUCCAUUAGCCCUAGAAAACUACUACGUCAUAGUUGAGCCCCAAGAUAAAUUCUUAUUCCUGCUAAACUUUAUAAGAAAUCGCAGGAUUUUAAAGGGAUUGUUUUUUUUACCAACAUGUGCUUGUGUUGAUUAUUGGGCAGAUGUUUUGCCAGUGUUCUUAUCAGAUAUAAAGAUUUUUGCAAUACAUGGUAAAAUGAAACAAAAGAGAAAUAAAAUAUUGGAGAGUUUCCGAGAGGCUGACAAUACUAUUUUGUUAUGCACCGAUUUAUUGGCCAGAGGUCUUGAUAUCCCAGAAGUGGAAUGGGUAGUUCAAUGGGAACCCCCUACCAGUCCCGCAGCGUUAGUACACCGCGUGGGACGCACUGCUCGAGGUGGAGCCCGAGGAUUUUCUUUAUUACCACUACUACCUUCUGAAGAUACAUAUGUGCCCUUUAUCAAGACCAACCAGAAGGUAGAACUUAAAGAUUGGAGGAAGUCAUCCGAUGAGAUAAAGAUUAGCCAAAAAUUAAGGGAUAAGGUAUUAACGAUUCUCCAUGAUCAGCAGAAAAAGGAUAGAGCUGUAUUAGAUAAAGGGCAGCGCGCAUUCGUCUCCCACAUACAAGCAUAUUCCAAACACGAAUGCAACCUCUUACUGCAACUUAAAGAGUUACCAUUGGGACAUAUAGCUACCAGCUAUGGUCUCCUAAAGCUACCGCUCAUGCCCGAAAUUAAAGAAGAACAUAAAAAACAGUUUAUCGGACCGAAAGACCAAAUAGAUUUCAAUGCAAUACCAUAUAAGGAUAAGCAGAAAGAAGCCAGUCGAUUACAAAAGCUAGAAGAGUACAAGAACACUGGCGUUUGGCCUACUAAGAAGAAAAAGAAGAUGGUUCAAUCGCAACCAUGGCAGCAAACCAAGCAAAACAAAGAAGAAAGGAAACAGCGAAAGAGGAAAAGAAAAGAAUUUCAGAAGAAUGCAGAAGGAAAGAGAAGUAAGAAGCGACGGACCGUCACACAAGAAGAGCUGGAUGAAUUAGCAGCAGAUGUAGCCCUUAUAAAAAAGUUAAAGAAACGAAAAAUUACUAAAGAACAGUUUGAUGAAGCAUUUGACACAGAUAAAUAA